UGGAAGUUUAAUCAGUGCGUGCUUUGUGCUUUUUGAAUUAUUCUGGUGAAAUUUUUGAGAUGUAGUUUUUCUGAAAACUGUCGCCCCCCACUGCAUGGCUCCUCUACAGGCUCACACUGGCGUAGUGGGAGUGUACCAUGCACUCACCCACACAGAGACAGCAGGCCCUCAACACAGCCUCCCGAGCAUCACGCACACCACCACACCCUGCCGUGUCCGCACGAACACAGGCACUCUCAGUUCACUACACAACCUCCUCUACUGCACUCACGCGCACUAAAAAAAGAUAACGCGAUCUAUCGAUCUUUUUCCAAAUCCAAAAAACGACGUCGCCAGAUAGCCUUCAUGAAUAUAGUUGGAUACAACUGACGUCUAACACCGAACGCGUCGCUACGCCCGAGACAUUUAUUCCGAUCACAAUAUUUAUGACAUCGUAAUUAAUUAAACAUGUCGUUUUAAUUAUGUAAAUACAAAUGGGUGAUAAUCAAUUUAAAUUAUGUGUUUUGAUCUCGUCCGCUUAAUUUAAUGUAAACAGAUAUUUAUCAUUAUUCGUGGCGUUUUUACGGUGUUAACGCUUAAAUGAUAUAAAGCUCGGUGCGAUGUUUUUUGUUGAAGCUAGCUGUUACUAGUGUGACGGUAACAUGCAUGGACUCAAACUAUAGUGAUUUAGUAUUUGUGUUCGCGUUUGUUGAUGGAAGCGUACUGAAUCUCAUACCAUUAUGGAAAGACACCAAAAUGGUAUGGAUGUGUGGGUAGUUGACGAGCCGAAUGUGUCAGCGGCGGAAUUUACUUUAGGGCAAGGGCGAGUCAACCAAUUGGGAGGGCUCUUCAUCAACGGUCGUCCGCUGCCGAACCACAUCCGACUGAAGAUCGUGGAGAUGGCGGCGGCGGGAGUGCGGCCCUGCGUCAUCUCGCGCCAGCUGCGCGUCUCGCACGGCUGCGUCUCCAAGAUACUCAACAGAUACCAGGAGACGGGUUCUAUAAGACCAGGGGUGAUUGGCGGGUCAAAGCCGCGCGUCGCCACGCCUGAAGUCGAAGCCAGAAUCGAAGAGCUCAAGAGACAGAACCCUGGUAUCUUUUCUUGGGAAAUAAGGGAGAAAUUAAUAAAGGAGGGCGUGUCGGACCCACCCAGCAUCUCGUCCAUCUCGCGACUCCUGCGCGGCGGAGCGAGGGACCCGGACGGCAAAAAGGACUACAGCAUCGACGGAAUACUUGGAGGCCGUGGUUCCGACUCAUCAGACAUAGACUCGGAGCCAGGGUUGACGCUGAAGAGGAAGCAGCGUCGAUCCCGCACCACGUUCACUGGAGAACAGCUGGAUGCCUUAGAGCGAGCCUUCCAUAGGACUCAGUACCCUGAUGUGUAUACCAGGGAGGAACUGGCUCUGCAGACUGGACUUACUGAAGCGAGGAUACAAGUCUGGUUCUCCAACCGGCGUGCUCGUCUGCGAAAGCAUACUGGAUCGAAUCCAAGUCCAGGAAUCGGAGGUUAUUCAGCGAUACCCAUGCCUCAAAUACCAUGUCCUUAUCCUGCCGGGGAAAUACCAUCGUUAUCUCAACACCAUCCACAACACCCUGAUGCUGCUUGGCACCACCAGAAAUAUGCUAACUAUAACCAACUUAUGGCGCAGUCUCAGCAUUUGAACCAAGCAUUCCAAAAUGCUGCAUUUCCUAGCACCUCUGGGUCAACUUUUGGCCAUCUUGUACCUGGAGGCAACCCUCCACCCCACAGCCAACUACUGGACAGUGGUAUACCAAGAAACGAUUACGCUCGAUACCCAAGUAGCGACAUUUAUAACAAACCAAUAAACUAUUUACCAAAAGAGGCUGAAGUGGAAGACAAAGUAAACAGUGAUGAGGUGAUAGAGCCCAGGGAAGACGCUUUCGAAAAACCUCCUGGAGACGAAUACAGCAAAACGUUACCAAAUAAUGAAUAUCCAAAAGUUCCUGCUGAUUACUCCAAAGUAUCUGUGGAUCCUUCUGCCCCCUCUAACUGGAGUCCCUCACACAAUUCUUUGAACAUGAGUCUUGCAGGGCUGUCUAGUGAAUAUAAGUACAUGAACGAUCCAUAUUCUUUCCCAAAUGUGUCCGAUCCCCUGUCACAACACAACUAUCCAAAUCCACCUAAUGCAGCUAACAAGUACUGGAUUUGACACAGCUACUUUAAAAUUUAUUUUAGUAAAUAUUAUUUUAACUUUAUUUAAAUUAUAAUUUAUAGUAUAGUUGUAAUUAGUAAGGAACGUUUGCGAGAAAUUACCUCUAUUUUGCAUUCCAUUUAAUGAUACCUAUUGUAAAACCAAACAUUUGUAAAUUGUUACUAAGAGAGUCAUUAGAUAAUAAAGGGUUAAAUUUUAUUAAAUUGUUUUAUUAAUUAUAAAUAAAAAACAUAGAGUAAAAUGCCAGACCUUAUUUAAUUAAAUAAACAUGAAACAUUGAUUCUUAUUAUAACAUUAUACAAAUAUAAUACAAUUCCUCAUUACUGUGUUGUUACUUCCAAUAAAGACGCACCGGCUUCAAAGGGGACUGGAUAUAACUCCUCCCCAUUUAAUGAUUUAGGUACAAUAGGCGUGUUGGUAUUUUCCUGUGCAACUUGAGGGGUAACUGUGUUUACGGCAUCAACAGCUGGUUCAGAGUUAACAUUGACUGCUGCCUCAGUGACAGGUGCCCCAGCAACGUCGGUGGGAACUGCAUCAGUCACGGUUUCUACAGCA